AUGGCCGACGCCGAAAUCCAAGACCGCUUUUCCCCCAACAAGCCGCUUGAGCCUGAUGUCCUCAGCGAGCUGGAGUCUAUCAUGCGCCUGCACGGUUUAUCAGCCGAGGAUCUCUUCUUCAAGUGGGAGUCGUAUUGCAUAAAGCUCGAUAUUGAUGCUCAAGUUCUAAGCCUAGAGAUUCUACGCAACCUGAAGCAGAGCAUCCAGGACGAGCUCGAAAACAGCCACCGAAAAGUUCAGGUCAAGACGGAAAGGAAGGUCGCCAGUGCGCCCAGGGGUGGAAACAAGGGCGGAGAUGUCUUUGGCAUGAUCGAUGGGCUUGUGCCCAGUACACCAGCUUCUGGGUCCAAGUUGAAUCGAGGUGCGGGAGGAAGUGCCAUCAAGAAGAAGCUGGAUACACCAAAAGGGUUGACAAGCUCACCAGCAAAAGGGAUGACCGAUCAGCUUAAAUCCCUAAACAAUCUCCAACCUACAUCCUUUAGUGAUCGAACAAACCCAGGAGAAACCAUAGAGAUUCUCAACGACAGUCUCAACGCAGCCGAGCCACCAAUCGCCCCCUUCUCCGAACCUCGAGUGAAACUUACAGCCGCCUCGGACCAGAAGAAGCUGGGAUACAAGCCAUUGGCCAUGAAGCUUUCCGAAGCCAGUGAAAUUCUUGACGAUCGGAUCGAUAACUUUAUGGCUCUUGUCCAGCAACAUCACAAGAUUGACGAGAGCGAGUUUGGAAGUGCCGCGGCGCAAAGCACUACUGAAGUUGUCGCCGUUGGACGAAUUGCAUCAGAUUCACCAGAGGGUAAGCUCAAUGCUGCGUCGCUGGUACUAGAGACUUCAAGACGAACGGGAAUGGGCUUGAGAGUACCCUUGAAGAUGGACAGUAUUCGCUCUUGGAGCUUCUUCCCCGGUCAGAUCGUUGCUUUCCGAGGAACCAAUGCCUCUGGAAGCGAGUUCGUCGUCAAAGAGGUUCUCGACAUGCCUAUUCUUCCCAGCGCUGCCUCUUCAGCUUCUACACUUGAAGCGCAUCGCGAGAAGUUCCGUGGUGGCCCAGAUGCGAUGGACGAGGAUUCAGAGCCUGCGCCUUUGAAUAUUCUAUAUGCUUCUGGCCCGUACACAGCAGACGACAAUCUCGAUUUCGAGCCUCUUCAUGCGCUUUGCAGCCAAGCAGCCGAUACUUAUGCAGAUGCACUCGUCCUCACAGGACCUUUUCUCGAUAUUGACCACCCACUUAUUGCGACGGGUGAUUUCGACCUCCCUGAAGAGGCAAACUUUGACCCUGAUACGGCUACUAUGUCAACUGUGUUCAAGUAUCUAGUUGCCCCCGCUUUCAACCGUCUAGCAUCCUCAAAUCCUCAGAUCACCAUUGUUCUCGUCCCCUCAGUCCGAGAUGUCCUGUCGAAACACGUCUCCUGGCCUCAAGAUACCAUCCCUCGCAAGGAACUUGGCCUCCCCAAGGCUGUCCGCAUCGUCACAAACCCCAUGACUUUAUCCAUCAACGAAGUUGUGCUUGGUGUUUCGUCGCAGGAUAUCCUCUCUCAACUGCGCUCGGAGGAGGUUGUAUCCCGCGGUGGAGCGCAGCCCAGUGGAGAUCUUAUGAGCCGCCUAUGUCGAUAUCUUGUUGAGCAGCGACACUAUUUCCCAUUGUUUCCCCCUACAGAGCGUUCCAAGCUUCCCAAGACUGGCACAGAAGACGGCGUGGCUACUGGUGCCGUGCUAGAUCUGAGCUAUCUGGAACUGGGCGAGAUGGUGAAUGUCAGGCCCGAUGUGAUGGUUGUCCCUAGCUUGUUGCCUCCUUUUGCAAAGGUCGUCGAAAGUGUCCUCCUUAUCAACCCUGGUUAUCUGUCAAAGCGUCGUGGCGCUGGCACUUACGCACGCAUGACAUUAUACCCUCCAGCAGUGUCUGGUGGAAGUGGUGAUGCGAUGACGAGCCAUCAGAUAUUCGAGCGUGCCCGUGUUGAGAUUGUCAGGAUAUAG